AUGACGAGUCUCAAGCGAACCCUCGAUAGGGACCCUGCUGCGUCGAACCUGUCGAGCAAGGUCUACGUGCGGUCCACCAAGAGCGGCAAGGUUCAGAAAAUCGUGCGAGAGGUCUACCUUCGUCAAGAUAUCCCCUGCUCAUCAAAGCUGUGCCGACAAUGCCAUCUGAUCGCGCCCAGGGAUGCCUCUGGUAAAGCCCAGCCGUUUGUGCUGUCUGAUAAGCCGGCAGGCACCAAGGCCUUCCCUCAAGGUCAUUACAUCAUUCCGGAUACCAAUGCCCUCCUCAACGCCAUGGAUCUGUUCGAACAGAGCUCGGCCUUUUACGACGUCAUUGUCCUGCAGACAGUCCUCGAGGAGCUCCGCAACCGCUCCCUGCCGCUCUACAACCGCCUCAUCGGCCUCACCAAGAGCGAGGACAAGCGCUUCUACGUAUUCUUCAACGAGUUCCGCCUCGAGACGUACAUCCAUCGAGAGACCAACGAGACGGUCAACGACCGCAACGACCGCGCCGUGAGGCGGUCCGUCAAGUGGUACGGCGAGCAUCUCGCAGAGCACGGCUCGGCCACCCAGCCGCCCGCCGUGGUCAUGCUGAGCGAUGACCAGGACUGUCUCCGCAAGGCGAAGGCCGACGGCCUCCACGGCAUGUCUCUCGCCGAGUAUGUCGGGGGUCUCGAGGAGGCCGGCACGCUGCUCGACAUGGUUCCCGACCUGCAGAACGCCGGAUCCUUCAAGAAGCAGGAGGGUCCCCUGUACCCGGAGUACUACAGCAUGUCCAAGAUGAUGACUGGCACCAAGGCCGGCCUCCUGCACCAGGGAAUCUUCAACGUCUCCCCGUACAACUACCUCGAGGGCUCGAUCAAGGUGCCGAGCUUCGUCAAGCCGCUCCUCAUCCUCGGAAGGGAGAACAUCAGCCGUGCCAUCAAUGGUGAUCUUGUCGUCGUCGAGGUGCUGCCGAAGGAGCAGUGGAAGGAACCUUCGACCAAGAUCAUCGAGGAGGAGACCAUCACGAGGAAUGAAAACGCCGACGAUGAGGGAGGAUCCGAUCUCGUCUCGGCACGCGAGCGCAAGGCGCUGCAGGAAGAGGUCAAGAAGACGCAGAGCCACAGCACCGAGGGCCGUCCUCAGCCGACAGCAAAGGUUGUCGGCGUCAUCAAGCGCAACUGGCGACAAUACGUCGGCCACAUCGACCCCUCCUCCACCAGUCAGAGCGGCACCCAGGGCCGCCGUCAGGAGAAUGUGUUCCUCAUCCCGAUGGACAAGUGCAUCCCCAAGAUUCGGAUACGCACGAGGCAGGCUGCCGAGCUUCUCGGCAAGCGACUCGUUGUCACGAUUGAUGCCUGGGAGCGCGACUCGCGACAUCCCGUGGGCCAUUUCGUGCGUUCGCUCGGAGAGCUCGAGACGAAGCAGGCCGAGACGGAGGCGCUACUGCUAGAGCACGAUGUGCAGUACAGACCUUUUCCCAAGACAGUGCUGGACUGUCUGCCCAAGGAGGGCCACGAUUGGAGGGUGCCGACGAGCCUGGACGACCCCGGCUGGAGGGGCCGCGAGGACCUUCGGUCUCUGCUCAUCUGCAGUAUCGACCCCAUCGGAUGCCAGGACAUUGACGACGCACUGCACGCGAGGAGUCUGCCCAACGGAAACUACGAGGUUGGCGUCCACAUUGCCGACGUGUCCAACUUUGUCAAGCCCUUGACGGCCAUGGACAACGAGGCGAGCAUCCGCGGCACAUCAGUCUACCUAGUAGAUAAGCGCAUCGACAUGUUGCCAAUGCUCCUCGGAACAGACCUGUGCUCGCUCAACCCUUAUAUCGAGCGCUUCGCGUUUUCCGUCAUCUGGGAGCUCGACGAAAACGCUGACAUGGUCAAUGUUCGCUUCACAAAGUCUGUCAUCAAGUCAAGAGAGGCUCUCAGCUACGAAGCAGCGCAGCUGAGAGUAGACGAUGCCUCGCAGACGGACGAGCUCACCCAGGGCAUUCGGAUGCUGAUGAAGUUGUCGAGAAAGCUCAAGCAGAAGCGUAUGGAUGCCGGCGCCCUCAGCCUGUCGUCGCCCGAGGUCAAGGUGCAGAUGGAGUCGGAGACAUCUGACCCAAUCGACGUCAAGACGAAGGAGCUUCUGGAUACCAUGUCACUGGUCGAGGAGUUCAUGCUGUUCGCCAAUGUCAGCGUCGCGGCCAAGAUUUACGAGGCGUUCCCGCAGACGGCCAUUCUCCGCCGACACGGCGCGCCGCCCAAGACCAACUUUGACGAGCUCGCCAACCAGCUCAAGGUUAAGAAGGGCCUGGAGCUCCGCGUCGACUCGAGCAAGGCGCUCGCCGACUCGCUCGACACGUGCGUCGACCCGGAGAACCCCUUCUUCAACACGCUCGUGCGUAUCAUGGCAACGCGCUGCAUGAUGUCGGCCGAAUAUUUCUGCUCCGGCACCCAGACGUACGACGAGUUCCGCCACUACGGCCUCGCCUCGGAGAUCUACACGCACUUCACCUCCCCCAUCCGCCGCUACGCAGAUCUCCAGGCCCACCGGCAGCUCGCCGCCGCCAUCGGGUACGAGGCCGUCCACCCGGCGGUCCGCUCCCGGGGCCGCCUCGAGGCCGUGUGCAAGAACAUCAACGUUCGCCACCGCAACGCGCAGCUCGCCGGCCGCGCGAGCAUCGCGUACUACGUCGGACAGGCCCUCAAGGGCCGGGAGGCUGAGGAGGACGCGUUCGUCAUGAAGAUCUUCAGCAACGGCUUCGUCGUGCUCGUGCCGCGUUUCGGCAUCGAGGGGCUCAUCCGGCUGCGAGAUCUCGCAACGCCGGAGCCCGACAGCACCUUUGACGCGGACAAUUACGUGCUCGAGACGACGGGCAGCCGCGAGGUCAAGGUCGAGCUGUUCCAGAAGGUCAGGGUCAGGGUCCAGGAUGACAUGGAUGAGAGGACGGGCAAGCGGGGGGUCAAGAUGGAGCUUGUCACGGCGUAA